GAAUGUACACAAAGCUGUUGAUGUUCACCGGACGACGAUGAGAAGGGGUUAGAUGUUUAAAAUACACACAGUUAGCUUACUGAGCAGCUUCGAUAUAAAGUUUUAAAGUUAAUAACACAAACAUGGCGCCAAAACCACUUCAAUCUCAUCAUGUUAUGUCCAUAUAAUGGCCGUAGAGCGUGCAGUCAUUCACAGGAGAUACACUAUCACACAUUCAUGUUCAACCAGGAUAAAAUGGCAAAAUAUGAUCAACAUAUAUGAUUAUAACAGGCUGUAAAACACACAGAUUCACAACACAUGCAGCCAGGAAGGGGGCGGGGCUUGUCACAUUUAUGUGUUACAUAAAAGGUGAUGAACUGGGACUGAGCCAUUACUGUGCUGCUGUGGGCUGUUUCCACAUCACUGACCAACGGAGGGGAGCACACACUCAACAGAUUCAUUCAUCUCAAGGCAGGCUGAACAGAAAGAUGGCGGCUUCCCUGCUGAGGAUAGGACGACUGGGCUGUGUCAAGUGUUUGCAUUCUGAGAGCUGGAGUAUUCUCAGCAGAGCACCUGCAGCCUUUAGCACAAAAUCCGGGGGCAACAAGAAGUCAUCUAAAAAGAACAGCUCAGACAAAAACAAGGCUAAAACGUACUUCGAUAUAGAGAAACUUGUCCAGCACAAGGCCUUUGAGUUGCCCAAGAAAGAGGUUUCUCCAGUGGCCGUCGCUGCAGCAGCAGCAGCUUCUGCAGCUCAACCACCCGCAGAGCCCACACCCUCUGCUCCUGCACCUGAGACUGUGGCAACUACCCCUGUGAUAGAGGCCACCGCCCCAGCUGUGGAGCCCUCUCCCACUGCUGAAGUUAUUUCCGACCUAGUCUCAGCAGCUGAAGCCAAAGCUGUUGUUGAAGCACCUCCCACUGUCGAAGCAGUUUCUGAAUCUGCCCCAGCAGCAGAAGCUGCCCCUGCUGAAGCUGCACCUACUGAAGCUGCACCUGCUGCAGAGGCUGCACCUACUGAAGCUGCACCUGCUGCAGAGGCUGCACCUACUGAAGCUGCACCUGCUGCAGAGGCUGCACCUACUGAAGCUGCACCUGCUGUUGAAGCUGCCGCUGAAGCUGCACCUGUUGUUGAAGCUGCCGCUGAAGCCGCACCUGUUGUUGAAGCCACACCUGUUGUUGAAGCUGCCGCUGAAGCCGCACCUGUAGUUGAAGCUGCACCUAUUGUUGAAGCUGCCGCUGAAGCUGCCGCUGAAGCCGCACCUGUUGUUGAAGCCGCACCUGUUGUUGAAGCUGCCGUUGAAGCUGCACCUAUUGUUGAAGCUGCCGCUGAAGCCGCACCUGUUGUUGAAGCCGCACCUGUUGUUGAAGCUGCCGUUGAAGCUGCACCUAUUGUUGAAGCUGCCGCUGAAGCCGCACCUGUUGUUGAAGCCGCACCUGUUGUUGAAGCUGCCGCUGAAGCCGCACCUGUUGUUGAAGCUGCACCUGUUGUUGAAGCCGCACCUGUUUUUGAAGCUGCCGCUGAAGCCGCACCUGUUGUUGAAGCUGCACCUAUUGUUGAAGCUGCCGCUGAAGCCGCACCUGUUGUUGAAGCUGCACCUGUUGUUGAAGCCGCACCUGUUUUUGAAGCUGCCGCUGAAGCCGCACCUGUUGUUGAAGCUGCACCUGUUGUUGAAGCCGCACCUGUUGUUGAAGCUGCCGCUGAAGCCGCACCUGUUGUUGAAGCUGCACCUAUUGUUGAAGCUGCCGCUGAAGCCGCACCUGUUGUUGAAGCUGCACCUGUUGUUGAAGCCGCACCUGUUGUUGAAGCUGCCGCUGAAGCCGCACCUGUUGUUGAAGCCGCACCUGUUGUUGAAGCUGCCGCUGAAGCUGCUGCAGAGGCAACUGCAGCUCAUGUUGACACUGCGGUCGCAGAGGCUGUAGCUGAAGCCCCUGCUGUUGAAGCAGCAGCAGUUGGAGAAACAACCCCUGAAGUAGUCCCUGCUGAAGCGGCACCUGUAGAAGUGGCCCCAGAGUGUAUGGCUGAAGCUGCUGCUGCUGACGUGGCUGCAGAGACUGCAGCUAAAGUUUCUUCCCCUGUGGAGAGCACCGAGGAGCUGGUGGACCCUGCUCCAGUCGUAGCUGAAGCUGCAGGAGAGGAGCUGCAGGCAGAGGCUCCAGCUGAACCAGUUGAACCAUCUGAGGCUCCUAUGGACCCCAUUCAGAAGCUCUUCCUGGACUCCAUACGAGAAUACUCCACAAAAAGCCAGGCUGCUGGGGGGCUGGUCGACGCAGGCUCAGAGUAUGAGAAGGCUUUGGCAGAGGAAAUAGCAAAGCUUCAGAGACUCUAUGGUGGAGGAGACCUCACAUCUUUCCCAGAGUUCAAAUUCACAGAGCCCAAGUUUGAUGAGGUCUCCCAGAAGUGAAGAACAGCACUUUGUAAUGACUCUUUUUCUACUGUUACUAUCUUUCUAUCCAUCUGUGCUCCAUAGUGGAACUUUACAGUGUACUUCCUGUGACUGUCACAACACACCCCGGCCUCCUGCUCUCUGUGUGACAAUAGUGCUGCUUCAAUAGAUAUUUCAUAGGAAAGCUAAAGGCUAAAGCGUUAGCUGUACAUAUUCAGCAGACACAGUGAACAUAGUGCUGUAACAUGUGCUUUGUGCAGAUAAACAGACAAACAAUAAAUCCUAGUUCAUA